GACACAGUUCCGUCUUGAUAGGCAAGGUUUGAUAAAGUGAUUUUCCUCAUCUCAAAUUUGAGACUACAUAUCCAUUUCAACUGUGACAAUUCCUUGUGAAGAUUCUACUCAGGUGAGGUGACAAGUAAUGCAACAUAACAUAACCUUUUUCAUUGGGAUUUAAAUAUGAGGUACGCAAUCAUAGUUGAUUAUUUUGCUUUACGACGAGACGCAGUAUUAAUCUUGCCUUUUGUGUUUGGUUUCUUGAUCGAUGCUAUCGAAGGCAAUCAGUCAGCCGCUAGCGUCGAGGAGAUUCAGUCGAUUGCAAGCAAACUCCGACUUUUUCCUCAAAUAAUUAAAACCAUCCCGUCCAAUAUCGUAGAGGUAACGUAUGGUGAACGUAGGCUAAAAUUAGGAGACUUAAUAAACGCAGACGAUAUUAUGGACGAACCUCUCGUAUCGUGGCCCUCAAAAGAAGGCGCGGUGUAUAUUAUGAUACUAUCAGGGCCAGAUGCAAGUUACUUGGAUAGUAAGAAGAAUUCUUACGAACACUGGAUAAUUGGUAAUAUUCCCGGCACGGAUUUAGCUAAUGGAGAUAAACUUUCUGAUUAUGUUGGGCUAACGAAAGCCGCUUACUGUCAAGGCACUACUCACCGACUGGUUUUUUACGUGUUCGAACAGCCUAGAGGAAAGAAAAUGAAGUUCGAAGGAGCUCUUAUUAAAAAGAAAGACACAGGAAGAAUUAGAGGAAUGCUUUCUAUGGAGGACCUCGUGUUGCGUUACGACCUAGGAGAUCCAUACGCAGUACAUUUCUUCGAAGUAUUCUUCAACAAGACAAAGCUGUGAUCAUCAUAUUUACUAAGACUUCUGUUUUUAUUACAGUGACAGUCGUGCACUAAUGUAAGCUCAAAGUCCGUCACGAAUCUUGUUUUGUUGUUAUUGUUUUCCUAUUCCACCCUUUCGAAGAGGACUGUGGUUAAAUCCUGCUUUUGUUUUUGAUUACGUGACCAGAUUGGCUCGAACUUGACAUACUUAACAUUUAGAGAGUCAGACUUCGACGAGUGGCAUCGAUCUAUUCAAAACUGAUUGACACAAAAUUGAUCCAACAAAAAUCAAUUUAUUGAAGGGUCUUCAAACCUAAUCUUUUCCACAGUCAUUGUGUUUAGCAAUAAAUUAAUUUAAUAAAUUGAUCUCUUGACA